AAUAGAGUAACGCAUUAGUCCCUCCCACUCAAAUGGUACCUUACUGUGGCCAUUUUAUUUUCGGCGUUCGAAAUUAAAACAAUUUCAUUUUGGCGACAGUGUUAACUUGGCGAAUGUGGGUUGUAUAAAAAGCUGGGUGUUUAUGCUGGAACUGGGAAUAGCGUCAGUGGAUCAGUAUGGACACCGAGGGGAGGGGUGGGCGAGGUGAUCGCAUGGGUCGAUAUUGCAACAGCCAUAAUGACCUCAACUUUCGGGACAUGGAUUACCGUGGUUAUGGCCACGACGAGGAGGCUGCAGAUGCAGACUGUAUUACCGGAAUGAAUGAGGACAGACCCUAUAUUCAGAGUGAAACAUCUCCAGACACCUUAGCAGGAAGUAGAGAAGGUGACUGGGGUUGUGGUGGUCCACAAAUGGAGCACAACAUACGCAUACACAAAGAGGAGCAAAGAUUCCCGUAUGCAGCAAGAAUGAGAAAAGCAUUUCCAGUUAAACCAGAGGAGCAUGGUUGUAGUUCUGAGCCAGAUUUGUCUCAAGAGGAGCUGGAUCAAAGGGACCAGGAUUACCGUGCUGAUAUGGACUACAAUCAAAAGCCCAGCAACAUUAUAAUGCUUCGAAUGCUCCCUCCCAACGCCACUGCUAAUGAGAUCCGGGCAAGACUUCAGGAACAGGGGAUCCAGCCUAGAGAGGUUCGGCUCAUGAGGAACAAAUCAUCAGGUCAGAGCCGAGGAUUCGCCUUCGUCGAGUUUAAUCUCAUACAGGAGGCCACCUGCUGGAUGGAGACCAACCAGGGCGUGCUGUUGAUUCUGGGACAUCGGGUGUCGAUGCACUACAGCAACCCGAAACCGCGAGCCAAUGAGGACUGGCUUUGCAACAAGUGUGGUGUGCAAAACUUUAAGAGGAGGGAAAGGUGCUUCAAAUGCAGCGCACCCAAAUCGGAGGCUGAACUGAAGUUGCCCCAGUUGCAAAAAGAUUUUGGUCAAGGUCUUAAAAAGGAGGGAGCUCAAGGUUUGCUGCCCCUUCCGGCACCCUUUCACUGCUCUAGUCUUUCCGUCCUCCCGGGCCAAGUCGCACAGCAGGCGGAUGUUGCCAACGACACUCUGAUACUCAGAAACCUCGGCCCGCACACGUCAGUGGAAGCCAUUUUGUCCUCCUUGGCUUCAUUUGCCACACUGUCGCCUUCCAACAUUCGCCUCAUCAAGGACAAGCACACGCAUCUCAACAGGGGCUUUGCUUUUCUGCAGCUCACCACCAUCGUGGAGGCGUCCCAGCUGCUACAGAUCUUGCAGGCUCUCCAACCACCUCUGUGUGUUGAUGGGAAGGUGGUUGUUGUGGAGUUUGCCAAAGGUUCCAAACGAGAUGUGUUUCUGACCGAUAGCAGUAAAGUGAGUGCUGCUACGGUGGCCAGCACAGCAAUCGCUGCAGCACAGUGGGCUGUCACACAGAAUGCACAAAAUGGUUCAGCUGGAGGGCAAGGCGCGGAAUAUAGUGAGCUGUAUCAGCAGCGAGCGGCCAUAACGUACAACCAGGGUGGUAAUGACUAUUCUGUGCCAGAUGGGCUGCAUUUUAAAGUCCAGGCAGACUCCAGGGUUUCUACAUUGCCGAAUCCAGGAAAACCCCUAAUGGGGGUUUAUACAAGAGGAACUACUCCAGGCGCAGUGAUUCCAGCUAAGGCCGCGACAUCCUGUCUAGGUGUUGUGCAGCAGCCUCCUCAACAUACUCCGGCUGCUGUCACCAAAACGGCUUCCACCACCCCAGCCGGCCAGGUUGAAAUAGUUGGAAAACCACAAGCGGCCGGUGCCAGCCAGCCUGCAACGCCAGGCACUGAACAUGAGCUCCAACGAUAUCCUUUGCCGGAUGUAUCUACGUACCAAUAUGAUGAAAGUUCUGGCUACUAUUACGACCCGUUGACAGGACUGUAUUAUGACCCAAAUUCACAGUACUAUUACAACCCUCACACUCAGCAUUUCAUGUACUGGGAGGGAGAGAAGCACACAUACGUUCCGGCACCUUCCGGCCAGUCAAACACAGAAGGUGCCCCCACUGGUGAUUGUGCAGCCCAAGUGGACUCCAUGUUUGCUAACAAUGGCAGUAAGGAGAAAAAAGAUAAACCCAAGAGUAAAACUGCUCAGCAGAUUGCCAAAGAUAUGGAGCGAUGGGCCAAGACUCUGAACCGACAUAAGGAGAACAUGCGCUCGGUCUCUUCUUCCCCUGCGGCCGGUUCCACGGAUCGCCGAGAAUCUGCCAGCGCUGAUGCAGGCUACGCUGUUCUGGAAAAAAAGGGGGCGCUAUUAGAACGGCCGCAGAUGUUUCUGGACCAGCUCAGACAAACAGAAUCUUCGCCUCCUCAGCACCCGGGUCUUGUCCCAGCGUAUAGCGCUGAAAGUGACAGCGAGGAAGAAGGAGGCGAGAGAGAUGACAAGGAAGGGAGACUCACCGACUGGGCCAAACUGGCCUGUUUGCUGUGUAGGAGACAGUUUCCGAGCAGAGAGGCCCUUCUUCGCCACCAGCAGCUGUCCGAACUCCACAAGCAAAAUCUGGAGCAGAAAAGAAUGCAGGAAAGUGCAAGCAAAGAGAGAUGUACAGAAGGACUGGAAGCACCUCACUCUAAGAAGAGGAGGUUGAACUCCAUCGACGGAAUCACAGGAUCAAGCCUCGGCGCCCGGAUGCUCCAAGGAGGUGUGAAAAAGGGGCUUCUGUUGCACAAUAUGCAAAUAGAGUAGACUGCGUUCGUUCGACGCAGGACGAAGCAUUUACACUCGCCUAUUAACACCACAUUUGGAUUCACUUCAUAUUUACCUCUUGGCCCCCGACCCCGCGGCAGUAGAGGGCGGGAUUUUGCACAGAAUGCACCUUUUUUUGUUUAGCUUUUCUUUCUCAACGAUGCCAUUUUAUGUUCUCGCUUACUUCUAAAGCUCGUGUUUAACAAACGAGCUUUAUUAUCAUCUUGAAAUGUAUGCAUAGAUUUGGACUUUAACGGAAUCCUAACAGUCUAUGCAGCGAUUUAAUUUAACGCUUUACACUUUGUCAUUCAGUGAAUGACUUCUAGUGGUACUGUGUACAAUUCUAACUGUACGUUUUUUUGGAUGAGCACAUUUUUCCGCCACUAGAGUGGAUGGAAAAGUGUUGUUUUACUAUUAAGCAUAUCUGCUUAGGAAGGUUGUCUUGUAUUGUUUUGGUUUGUAAAUGACUGUUAAUAGAAUACAAUAAUUCAUAGAAUUGUAUACUUUCAUUCAUUUUUCUUGAUUCCUUGUAUGUUUUUUUUUAUUAAGCAUAAACUAGUAAACGGUGUUCCGGUAAAUGUGAUAUCAAAAUUGAAAUGUGCCCAUCUUUAUUUUUCGUCGAUUCAGCCCCCCAGGUGUCACGAACGCAGCAUCUCUACCUCAACAUGCUGUUUAUGCCUUUUUGAUAUCUUUGUUGCUCAUGGAGGCAAUGUUCGAGAAUGGUAAUGGCCGCCUUAUGACAUUUAAGUUGGAAGACUAAUAUGGACAUUUUAGAAGGAAAAACAAUUUUGUGUUCAUAUAAUUUACACUAAUAAAUGUCAUUGAAUCAACUUAGAACAUCACAAUUUUUGUGCGUAGUCAAAGGCAGCACCUACAAUUGGAUGCCAGUGAUUGUUUCUCAAUGAGUACUUAACUUUAUUUGUAGCCCUUUAAAAAAUUUAUUAAAAAAACAACUGUCAAAUGACUUAAAAGCAAAGAUUGUUCAACAUCAUGGUCAGAAGGAUACAUAACGGGUAUUUUAGAGGCGGUGACCUCGUUCAUUCCGUUCACAGAGAAGAACUAGUUCAUUUGACCCGUUCGUUCAUGAACGACACACCACUAGAACAGUGUGUGCCACCCUGUAUUGCGCAUGUCAUGAAU